AUGGUGGCAGUAGAUAGUGACAAGCUGAUAGAGCUUCAGAAGAAACCAGAGUCAAUAAGAAAUAUAUGUAUCCUAGCUCAUGUGGACCAUGGGAAGACCACACUGGCUGAUUCAUUGGUAUCAAGCAACAAUAUAAUAUCGCAAAAGCUUGCAGGCAAGCUGCGUUACAUGGACAGCCGUGAUGAUGAGCAGCAACGUGGAAUAACAAUGAAGUCUAGUUCAAUAGCGCUCUAUCAUAGUUACAAUAAUAAUGAAUAUUUAUUAAAUAUUAUAGAUUCUCCAGGUCACGUUGAUUUCUCCUCAGAAGUAUCAACAGCAGUACGUUUGUGCGACGGAGCAAUUGUAAUCGUCGAUGUAAUUGAAGGAGUAUGUCCACAGACGCGAAGUGCCUUGUCAAUGACGUACAUCGAGGGAUUAAAGCCGAUCCUGGUGCUAAACAAAAUGGAUCGUUUGAUAACAGAGCGAAAAUUGACUCCCCAGGAUGCGUAUAUCCACCUUACACAAGUAUUGGAGCAGGUAAAUGCUGUUAUGGGUGAGUUGUUUGCCAGUGAUAUUAUGGAGCGUGAAGAAAAAGCUGAAUCCAAUGACGUAAGUAAUGAUAAUACCUUGGAAAAUAAUUCAAUGCGGCGGCCAGUAACUGAGUAUCAGUCGGUACUUGAACAAACCGAUGAUUCUAAUUUGUAUUUCUCUCCCGAGCGCGGUAAUGUUGUAUUUGCAAGUGCUAUUGACUGCUGGGGAUUCUGUAUUGAAGAUUUUGCGAAAAUUAUCAAUAAAACUCAUAAUUACAGCGUGGAUAAAAUGAUGAAGAUAUUGUGGGGGGAUUAUUGGUAUGAUGAGCAGAAUGAAAGGAUUAAAAAAAACGCGCAGAAAAAUAAACAGACUCCGCUGUUUGUUUCCAUGGUUCUGAAUAUACUAUGGGAAUUUUAUGAAAUUACGCUUAUUAAAAAGGAUAGGGAGAAGCUGAUUGAAAUGAUGGGAAAGUAUGAUGUUAAAUUUUCAGAGCGUGAUAAAAAAACAAAAGAUUUUAAGGAACUACUUAAAUCUUUAGCUUCUCAGUGGCUGCCGCUUUCACAGGCGUGCAUUAAUAUGGUUUGUAAUAAUGUACCGGCGCCUCAUCAGUUGCCGAGGGAGAAAAUUCAGCGACUGAUGAGUGGUAAUAAAGAAUUUAAAGCUCUACCUGAAGAGACUAGGCAGUUGGAAAAAGCUUUUUUAGAAUGCAGCUCUUCAGAAGAGGCACCUGUUAUUAUUUUUGUCUCGAAAAUGUUUUCUGUUGAAAAAAGAAUGUUCUCGGAUUUUAAAAUCAAACCACCGACUGCUGAAGAACUGGCUAAGAGGCGCGAUAUUGUGAGAAGAAAUAAAGAAAAAAUGGAGCUGAAGAAACGUGAAGAGACACACAAUCAAGAAUCGGAAAAUCGUGACCAAAAGCUGGAUAAAAAUGAUAAAGAAACUGAACAAAAGAUUAAUGAAACAAAGAAAGUAGGAACUGAUCCAGGUUGUGAAGAAGAAGAUAAAGAAGAUGAUGCUGAUCCGGAAAUUCUUAUUGGGUUUGCUCGUGUUUACUCAGGGGUAAUUAAAAUAGGCAGUGAGUUGUUUGUACUCGGGCCGAAGCAUAAUCCAGAGAUUGUUAUUGACAGAAAAAAUAAUGGUGAGAGUAUAGAGCCGGGUGAAUCGUUGAAAGAACUUAAAUCUGGAUGGCAUGUAACCAAAGUCACGGUGACCAAGCUCUAUAUGCUGAUGGGUCGUGAUCUGCAGAGCAUCGAUGAAGUGACGGCUGGCAAUGUCGUGGGAAUCGGCGGUCUGGAAGAGCAUGUACUGAAAACAGCGACGUUAUCGUCGACAAUAAUGUGUCCUUCGUUUACUGAGCUUACUUCACUGACAGUCCCGAUCUUGAGAGUCGCGCUCUAUCCCAAGCGAUCGUUCGACCUGCAGAAAUUUAUCGACGGUCUGAAAUUGUUGAACCAAGCUGACUGCUGUGCUGAAGUUCAUAUUCAAGAGACUGGAGAAUAUGUCCUUAAUACUGCUGGUGAAGUACAUUUAGAGCGCUGUCUAGAUGAUCUCAAACAGAGAUACGCGAAGGUUGAUAUCACUGUAUCGGAGCCGAUUAUUCCAUUCCGUGAGACUGUGGUGCCACCACCGAUCGUCGAUAUGGUAAACGAAACUAUCGAGAACAAAGCUAAGGAUGAACCGAUUUUUUUCGAGCACUCGAUUGGAGGUGAUAAGUAUAUUAUUGAAAUUGACGUUAAGCCGCUGUCGGAGAGUGUGACUAAACUCUUGGAUAGCAACUCUAAUUUGAUCAAGCAGCUUGAUUUACAUUGGGAACGAAUGGGAAAGUCUGAACACCUUGCUGAUACUUUAAAUAAUUUAACUCUAGAUGAUACUUCUCCUAUCAGUAUUUCGAAGGUUAAUGUUUUUAAAAAAGAACUUGAGCAAGGUCUUGAAGAAAAUAAUUUGGGAAGUGUUGAAAAUAUUUGGUCCUUUGGCCCCAAAAAGUGUGGGCCUAAUUUACUCAUAAAUGCUACCGAUUAUAAACGACAACCCUUUUGGAUGAGACAAAAUAAAUAUUCCACUGAUUUUCGGGCUUCGUACGACAAUAGUAUUAUUAAUGGAUUUCAAUUAGCAACAAUUGCUGGUCCUCUGUGUGAAGAACCAAUGCGAGGCGUCUGUUUUAUCGUCAAAAAAUGGGAAAAAAUUGUAAAAGAAACUGAAAGUGGACCUGGUAGCAAUCAAAAUAUCAAGAAAGAUAAUGAAGAUACAGGAAGUUGCAGCGAACGUACUAGUCAAAGUCAAAGUGAUGUGAGUGGCAAAUUAAUAUCUGCAUUCAAAGAUUCCUGUCGUCGUGGACUCAGCAUGCGACGACCUCGACUAAUGACACCGAUGUACUCAUGCAGCGUUCUAGUCAACUCUGAUGUUCUUGGUGAGUUU